ACACAGCUGGACAGGAGCGGUACAGGACCAUCACUACAGCGUAUUACCGCGGAGCCAUGGGCUUCAUCCUCAUGUACGACAUCACCAGCGAGGACUCGUUCAACGCAGUGCAGGACUGGGCCACGCAAAUCAAGACUUACUCUUGGGACAAUGCACAAGUGAUCCUGGUUGGAAACAAGUGUGACAUGGAGGAUGAAAGAACUGUUCCUUUGGAGAAAGGGAAACACCUGGCUGAUCAGUUAGGUUUUGAUUAUUUUGAAGCCAGUGCCAAAGAAAACAUCAACGUAAGACAGGUGUUUGAGCGUCUUGUGGAUAUAAUCUGUGAAAAGAUGUCGGAGAGCUUAGAAUCCGACCCCUCCAGGGGCACUUCUGGAAGGAGCAUGCGACUCACAGACAACCCACCUCCUUUGCAGCAGAACUGCUCCUGUUAGUGACCUUUCUCUUUGAGAAAUGUCCCCCUCCUUUCCUGAUGAAAUUUUUCUCUCUUCAUUUGUGGUGUUGCUUUAUCAUGUAGUGCAAAAGCAGGAGUAUCUGUUAUAGGAAACUGGUAUGUUUGUUUAAUGUCUGAGAAUGCUUAAUAUUAUAUAUUUCCUCAUCCAAUAAUUUAACAAAAUUCUGAAUAAAUAUUGUAAGUGCACCUAGUGUUAGUGUGUGAAUUAUGUUGAAGAACUGUGUAGUAUUGUAAACUUUAUUUCCACAGAGAAUGUUGUUUUUU